AUGUCCAUCCUCGGUCGACCAGUCCCCCCACCACUGUGGUCAUCCUUCCCCAGCAGUCGGCUCAGCGGACACCAGCACCGCGAGUCCGCGCUUGCCAUCACGCCCGACGCAAGCAUCAUGGGAAACGAACAAUCCCGAAUAUGCCGACACAGCAGCCUCCUGUCGCGGUUCCGACCAGGGUCCAAGCGAGCCCGGUGGCAGCCACCGGCCUACGAAUCGCGGGACUGGAAAGUGCCACAGACAACCAAGACCUCAAUGGGCGACAGCGACUCGCGCUAUGCCUUCCUGCGCGACUUCGACACAAUCUUCCUGGUCGACGACAGCUCGAGCAUGAGCGGGCCGCGCUGGCACGAAGCUGAGGAAGCCAUCUCGGCCAUCACGCCCAUCUGCACGCAGUACGACGCCGACGGCAUCGAUCUCUACUUCCUCAACCACCGCCGCGCCUCGCACUCCGACCCCACCGGCGCCUACCGCAACAUCACCACCGCCGACGACGUCCAGGAGAUCUUCAGCGGCGUGCGUCCGCGCGGGGCUACGCCUGUCGGCAAGCGCCUGCUCGAGAUCCUGGCGCCGUACCUGCGCCAGCUGGAGCGCGUACAGGCCGGUGACGAGUUGGCUGGAGCUGUUAAGCCUGUCAAUAUUAUUGCUAUCACCGACGGCGAGUUCACGGACGAUGCUGAGAGUGUGAUUGUCCAGGUGGCUCGCACGCUCGAUCACCCGCGCUGUAAUGCGCUGCCCUGGCAGGUUGGUAUUCAGUUCUUUCAGAUCGGGGCCGAUGAGCAUGUUCGUCGCUACCUCGAGGAGCUGGAUGAUGAUCUCGGGACCCGCUGUCGCGAUGAGCGCCUGCGUGAUAUCGUCGAUACUGUGCCCUGGAAGGGACGCCGUGGCCAGGUGCUUGAUGCUGAUGGCAUUCUCAAGUGUGUGUUGGGUGCAGUCAAUAAGAAACUUGAUCGGCGGCAGGUAUCUUGA